UAUUGUUUGUUCCCACGCAGCCUCAAAAUACCGAACAGAGAGUCGGCGUCGGCGUCGGCGAGAAGCCAAUUGUUGCCCAUCCAUUAUCCAUACCUUUCGUUUCGUUUUGCUUUUUCUCAUUUUAGGGCCUUCAAGAUCUGAUCGACCGUCCAAGUCAUGGGAUCGGUGCUGGCAUUUACAGAUGAUGCGGUUCUACCUGCCAGUCUUGUUUUUGAUGCAUUAAGGGAGGUUGGGAAUGGAGCUUCAGAUAAGUGUGAACCUCAAAUUAUCACUCAAGUGUCUUCCUUGGGUCAGCUGCCACAGGGGACUUCCUCUAUCGACAUAGUGUUUGCCCUUUGCAGAUCAAUUGAAUUCCUGAGUGAGCAGUUGUUGAAGGAGACCUCAAGAGUCUUGAAGCCUGGUGGAACAAUCCUAGUUUACAAGACUUCUGAAACAGAUAAGACCACUGCUGUUCUUGAGCGCAAGUUACUUUUGUCUGGUUUCCUAGAAGCACAAGCUCUUCAAACAAAAUCAUCUGAGUUGUGCUCUGGAAUCAAGGCCAAAAAGCCUUCUUGGAAAAUUGGCUCAUCCUUUGCCUUAAAAAAGCCUUCAAAAACUCUACCGAAGUUGCAGAUCGAUGAUGAUUCAGAUCUGAUUGAUGAGGAUAGUCUAUUAACAGAAGAGGACUUGAAGAAACCCCAGCCGGUCGUAGCUGAUGAUUGUGAAGUUGGAAGCACAAGAAAAGCUUGUAAAAAUUGCACUUGUGGGAGGGCUGAAGCGGAGCAAAAAGUAGAGAAGUUAGAAUCCACUGUGGAUUUGAGCAGUUUCCAGUCAGCAUGUGGCAGUUGUGGACUAGGGGAUGCUUUCCGAUGCGCUACAUGUCCUUAUAAAGGUCUUCCUCCAUUCAAACCGGGCGAGAAGGUAGCAUUCUCUUCAAACUUCCUUGCAGCAGACAUAUAAAACUAAUGGUGAGGCAGCGGUGCAUGGUUGCAUGGGGAUCUUGGAUGUUAGAAUACGUGGUUAUGGUUUCUCCACAUUUUGGGUUAUUCUAGUUUUAGUAUGUGGUGAUGGUGAUGGUGAUGGUUGCUCCACAUUUUACCUCCAGACAUUUGAACUUUUGGGUUGUACUCUGAAUUGAUACAUAACCUGGUUCCAAGUUUGCUAUCAACUUUCAAAACCUUUCUGGGUUGUAGUUCAAGGUUCAACAGUAUUUUGCUGUACUUGUAUGGGUCAUUGGUAACAAUGUCAUACUGUUAAGAAUAAAAUCGUAGCUUAGAUUUAACGGUUC